AUGAUUCAAAGCCCCCACAGUGUGCCCAGAAGCCCCCCGAAUCUCUGGCCUUGCAGGUGGCAUCACCAAGCAGGGCAAGCAAACCCUCCCGCCCCCGCGGCUGCAAGGACAGAGAUACUGCUGGGGGCAGGGUUCCCCACCCCCGCCGUCCCCGGCUCCCACCCCGCUCGCCCCCAGCAGCCGGAGGAGCAGCCGCCUCUCGCGGUGCGGGUUUGGAGGCGGGCCGCCCCCGCCCCGCUGCCCGCCCUGCGCCGUGCGGGGGAGCCGGUGCGGAGCAUGGCGCUGCGGCUGCUGUUGUUGCUGCUGCUGCUGCUGCGGGGCGGCGGGGCGGCGCGGGCCGAGCCCUGCCAGGCGCCGCUGCAGUGGGAAGGGCGCACCGUCACCUACGACCACGGCACGGGCCGCAACACCCGCGCCGCCGUCUCCUACGACGGCCCCAACCAGCGCCUCCGCGUCCUGGAGGAGAGGAAGGCGCUCAUCCCCUGCAAGAAGUUCUUCGAGUAUAUAUUGCUCUACAAAGAUGCAGUGAUGUUUCAGAUUGAACAAGUUACAAAGCUUUGCUCGAAGAUUGCUCUGACAGAGCCAUGGGAUCCAUAUGAUAUUCCUGCCAAUUCAACUUAUGAAGAUCAGUACUACAUUGGGGGACCUGGAGAUGAAAUUAUGGUACAGGAGUGGUCUGACAGAAAACCAGCCAGGAAAUUGGAAUCCUGGGUUGGUGUUUACACAGUCAAAGACUGUUAUCCAGUACAAGAAACCUAUACGAAGAACAGCAGCGUGACAACCUCCACUCGCUUUUUUGAUCUACAUCUGGGCAUUGCUGACCCUUCAGUGUUUACCCCACCCAGCACCUGCCAGAAAGCCCAGCUGAGGAAGAUGAAAGAUGAAUGCUGAUUAUGGACACUGGCUGCUCUGGACAAACAAAUAUUAGCCAAGAGGAUGGAUAUUAAUAGUCAGCUGCUGAUGUCUAAUCUGAUUUUUCAAGCUUAUUGUUGCUCUUUUGGGAAUUGCAAGCUUUUGCCUGAAAGAGAGCAUAAACAUUUAACUGAGUAAAAUUUGUAACAAAAAAGAUCUCUUUCAUCACAUUAAUCUGUUCAGCGAUGCACUGGAAGUAGCAUAUAUUUACCACAAAGAUAAUAUUUAUAGAUACUAUUUAUUUAAGUUGUGACUGAUUUUCCUUUUGCAAAGAUUUCAGUAUGUAUUUUUCCAGGAAGACAAAACUUAAGCACAUUACAAUAAUGGUAACAUCUAGAAGGAAAAGCUAGAUUUUAUUGCUCUUGUUGCUGCUUCUGGGAACUUGAGAGAAGGGGAUAUAUGUCCUGGGUAAGAACAUCAUACCUAAGCAAAGAAUACCAUUUUAAGCAAUGCACAUCAAAAGUAUGGAAAUUCAUUCUCUUGAUUUUGUUCUGCUUUGUGGUUUUUUUUUUUCCUUUCUGCCCUUCAGUUAGCUGGUAAUGUUUGAGCUGAUUUUUUUUUUUUUAAAAAAAAAAAAGAAACUGGAGUAGCUCUAUUCAUGUAAUGCUAGCUGACAUGCAAAAAUCCCCCUUUUUUGUUACUUGGGACAAAAACAUGAAAGUUAAGGAAAGAGGGAGAGGGACACCCCUAAAAAGUAAGCCAAAGUUUUCUUGCAUUUAUGACACUUUGGGGGAAGUAUUCCAAUACAGUGCAAUGAGACUGUUUUCAGUCAUAUUUUACUUUAGCACCCACUUUUCAAGGCAAUAAUAGUUUUAACCUAUGCAAAGACAUUAAGAGGUACAGCACUCUAAAUGGCUUUAAUAUUUUGUAUUGACUUUCGAAAGUCUUUACUCAAAGAGUAUGGAAACACCUUUAUAAUUCCAGGUAGAAGUUAAAAAAAGCUGAGUUUAGUGGGUGAUUAGUAAAAGUUAAAUCAGUGUUCACAUAGUGCUCGGUGAUCUGUAUGGAGUAAAAGAGCUGUGUGACUGGUGUGGGGUUGUGGGGUGAGGAAUGGGAGGGAGAGGGUUUUGGAUGUCUUCUGUCUGGUGUGAGUGCAAGGCACUACAAUCUAAGCAUAAAUGACAAUCUGACUUUCUUUUGCACCUGCUCCACUGAUCCCUGCUGUAUUUUCUGUUCAGUCAGCAUUUCAAACUUUAUCAUCUCCACAUAUUUUUCAGGUGGGCAGAGUGAAAGUUUCCUUAAGGGAAAUAAAUAACCAAAACAGGAACGGUAAGUGCACAUAUUUUGCUUUAGAAAAUUCAAGCCAAAUCCUCGUGCAGCCUCAGGCCCUUAGAAGUCUGGAAUGGUGGUGGGAUUUGCACUUCUAAUAAAUGAAAUUAGUUGAUUUAUUCUUUAAGUCUAAGUGUGCAUUUUAUUAUUUUUUUUGCCAACACAUGUAAAGCCAGAUUCUUGUCCUCUUACAGGUCCUGGGUAGUAGUUUCCUCCAGAAGUUGUCUAGCUGAAAACAGUGCAACAAAGGGGCAUUUGGUGUCAUUUUGUCAUUGUUAUCUAGUUCUGUUGCUUCUUCAGUGGCUGCUGGACUCUUCCGCACAAACAGAUUUCUUUUUCAGGACAAGUUUUAGUGAAAAGAAAUGAUACAAUUUGAAAGCGAUAGGAAGUUCUGCAUAAAUAGGACACAUAGUUUACUGGCCAAUAGUAUGAUAUCUAACAGAAAACUGAAAGCUAGCACCAUUUCUGGAGCAGAAAUGCUGGGCAGGCUUUUAGCACUUGUAUGAUCAUAGCUUCUUGUACGUAAGCAAGUGAUGCAGUCGUUAUUUUGAUUUCACAGUUGUGGUCAGAAUGGCAUUUUACUUUGCCUUGUGCCUAACGAAAGCAUAUACACACACCUGCUAAAAUUUAGGUAGUUCAUUGAAAAUUUUCUCUCAGAUAUGACCAUUUCAUCAAAACAUGCUGGUGGAAAGAAGGACUGGGUUUUCUUGAAUUUAGGGUGCAUUUAGUCUGUACUUGCCUUCUGCAUUUUCCCUGACAGUCUAAAUGCUAACUGCAUAUUGUUCUCAUUAGAGCAAUGAUUAACACGUGUUUCUCAAUAUCUGUGUCUUGUUAGAAUCUGGAAAAUAUAAUAAAUCUGGCUAGCAAACAUGAAACUGUGGUACUGUAUCAUUUGGGAUGACUUUGUUGUGGUAGAGCAGAUAGCUGAGUAAUCAGGGUGGCUGUAUUAUGUUUUUGCUGACAGUGAUAUAAUUUAUAGCAAUAAAGUUAAAUGUUCCUUUAAAUAUGAAUUUGCCAAAUUCAUACAGAGAAAUGCUUUAAAAAUGUUGUUGUGACAUACAGGGCAAUUUUAUAUGGCUAAAUAUGUACAUCUAAACCAAUGCUGUCGCCUUUGUAUCUAUGCUCUGCAAAUUCAAUAAAGAGAGCUGUCAAACAAAAAUAUUUUGGAUUACCUGUUUCAAAUUAGCCACAAACCAAAUAUGAAGCACUGAAUGCAUA